AUGGCCGCAGAUUUGGGCCCCGACUGGACCAGGAAAUCCCAAUUCAGGGAAAUGGAGGGAAUCGUGUCCGAAGCUACAGUCAACGGUUUCCGUAUGUACUAUGAAACUCACGGCUCAGGAACCGCCUUGGCAAUGAUCCAUGGCGGCCUCGGCGGUGGCGAGGGCUGUGCCCAGAUGAUGGAACACCACGCCGCCACCCUGUCUGAUCGGUUCCAGGUCAUAUCCUACGACCGGCGCGCGGCCGGGCGUUCGGAGACCCCUGCCGAUGGUUAUUCCAUCCCUAACUAUGCCAAUGAUCUUCAUGUCCUCCUGGGACAUCUGGGUGUGAGUCGGGCCCAUAUUCUGGGUUCAUCCGCCGGGGGCCCUAUCGCCCUGCAGUUUGCCUUGGACCAUCCGGACAUGACCCUGUCCCUGCUGCUAAUUAACACCAUGACCUAUGUUCAGGAGUCCGAGAGGGCCGUCCGCAUCAGGGAACUGCACGAGAUUAAGCAGGUAUUGAUUGAAAAGGGUAAAGAGGCUGCCGUGGAGGCCGGACUUAAUUCCAGGUGGCCUGGAUUACGCGAGUCUCAGCCUGAACAGUUCGCCAAGCUGAAGGCAAUCAACCUGGAGCAGUUUGACGGAAUUGUGAAAACCAUUCAGAGCUACCUUGAUAUCCAGGACUCAAUUGAAACCCGGCUGCACGAACUCGUUAUGCCUUCGAUGAUCGUGCACGGCGAUGCGGACAGUCGGAUUAACAUUGCUUGCGGCUUGCAACUGCACCAGGGCAUGGCGGGCUCGGAGUUUCACGUAAUACCCGGCGCCGAACACGGCUUGCUUACUAACGAGGCACGCCGGACCAGGGGUUUAAUCGAAGAAUUCCUGGCGGAAACCGCGGCGCAGCUCAGGAUUUAG